UGCAUGAGCUCCAGACGCACUCCACAACCAAGACCGCAUAAGAAACAAGUACUGAACUAACACAAUAAAGACUGCUGAUAUCACCGACUGGACCUGUGUAAUCAUAUCUGGAUUAUUUUACUUAAUAAUCCUUAAAAGUCCUACCAUUGUCUGUGAAUGGGUUCUCCGGUGUGCUUGAGGAAGUCCGCUUUUCUGCAGACGUGUUCAGUCUUGCCUCACAUCACCCAGCACCAUGUCUGGCUCUUACGAUGAAUCCGCUGUCGCUGAUGAGGCCAUGGACAGCUUUUGGGAGGUGGGAAAUUAUAAGCGUGCUGUGAAGAGAACUGACGACGGUCAUCGACUCUGCAAUGAUCUGAUGAGCUGCCUUCAGGAGCGUGCCAAGAUUGAGAAGUCCUACAGCCAGCAGCUCACUGAAUGGUCCAAAAGGUGGAGGCAACUGAUCGAGAAAGGGCCUCAGUACGGCUCUGUGGAGCGGGCCUGGUUAGCCAUGAUGACAGAGGCCGAUAAGGUGAGUGAACUUCAUCAGGAGGUGAAGAACGGUCUGAUGAACGAGGAUGUCGAGAAGGUGAAGAACUGGCAGAAAGACUCGUACCACAGACAGAUAAUCGGUGGCUUCAAGGAAACCAAAGAGGCAGAGGAGGGCUUCAAGAAAGCCCAGAAACCCUGGGCAAAGAAACUCAAAGAGAUGGAGACGGCAAAGAAGACCUAUCACAUGGCAUGUAAAGAGGAGAAACUGGCUGCAGCCCGUGAGGCAGAUGCGUCCGCGACUCCUGACCAGCAGAAGAAACUCCACGAGAAGACUGAGAAAUGCAAACAGGACGUGCAGAAGGCGAAGGAGAAGUACGAGAAGUCUCUGGAUGAGUUGUCGAAGUGCACACCGCAGUACAUGGAGUCCAUGGAGCUGGUGUUUGACCAAUGCCAGCAGCACGAGGUCAAGCGACUGACCUUCCUCAAAGAGGUCCUCCUGGACAUCAAACGUCACCUAAACCUCACCGAGAACCAAAACUAUUCGUCCGUGUACCGUGAGUUUGAACGCACCAUUCUGGCCGCCAACACACAAGAGGAUCUCAAGUGGUUCAGUAAUAAUCACGGUCCUGGCAUGCAUAUGAACUGGCCCCAGUUUGAGGAAUAUAACCCAGAAGCCACCAAUGCUGUUGCCAAGAGAGAAAAGAAGAAGCCAGAUGGAGUCGCUCCUGCUACUCCGAACACAGAGCAUGCAGGUCAACCAGGAGACCGCGGCAGUGUGAGCAGCUAUGAAAAGAACCAGGCGUACUCCACAGAAUGGUCAGAUGACGAGCAGCCCGCGGGCUACUCGGGCAACGAGACGAACGGCGGAGCGAACUCUUUUGAGGAAGACUCGAGCAGCAGAGGAGGAGUGCGGGUGCGAGCCCUCUACGACUACGAAGGCCAAGAGCAGGAUGAGCUAAGCUUCAAAGCAGGUGAUGAGUUAACAAAGAUCGAAGAGGAAGAUGACCAGGGCUGGUGCAGAGGUCGUAUGGACAGUGGCCAGACAGGCUUAUACCCGGCCAACUACGUUGAGGAAAUCUGAUCACCUGACUGGAGGACAACACACCUUUGGAGGCAGCUCUGAUUGUCCGAUCGAUCGACAUGGCAAAAAUGCCAAAGACUUAACGUGAACGACUUUCCCUGAAGAUGUGCAAUGCAGUCUUGUUUAAAAUCCAAAAAUCUUAGUAAAGAAAACCACAAUGUAUAUAUUGAUCUUAUCUGGGAGGAGAGGAAGAGCUUGCUCACUACUAAUAUCUAUUUGCAAAUAUUUAAAAAGUAUAUACAUACAUACAAACAAACAAAGAAAUGACCCAUCAGUUAUGCAAGUACAGGCUACACACAUUAUAUGUGCAGAUUAAAUGUGAUUUGAAAUUCUAUUACUGACAUUAGCAUAAUAUCCUGCUGAACAGAUAUCCAUGUGGCCACGCUGCUGUAUUUUAGUUCAAAGUUCAUCAAAUGGAGUCGGUGUGCAGUUAUGGGGUACUCGUCCAGUGUCACGUGUUAAACAGAAAAUGACUCACAACGGGCUAUUCGGUUUUUCUCUUACUCUCACCACCGGUCUAUGCCUCGUUGCGCUGAUUAUUAUAUUAGGUAUCGUUCUCUUGAUGUCUGUGUCUUUAUACAUAGCAGCAUGUGCUAUGGAGCAUGUAGCCGUUGAUUCCUCAGGCCAUCUGUACUGUAUGCAGUUCCCACAGUGACCACAGAGGGCAGCAGACUCAUGUUAACCUCUCACCUGGAAGUGACGGCAAUCUCAGGCUAUGUUCAGAACAGAAUACUACCUAAGCAGCAGUAUGGAUACCGCAAACUAUUAUUGAAGAUAGCA